AUGACUGGUAGUAGUGGCAGCGACACGCCGGGUCAACUUCCUCGAGACGUCUACGACGCAGUCUUGCCACCGUGGAGAUCAGCCAUUCGCAGUGUCAUUCUCAAGGCUGUCGAGAUUGAAAGCCCUUUCCUCGCACGAAUGCAGAAUCGUCUCAGGAAUCCGUGGCUAGACGUCUAUUUCCUCUACACAUCCUCUCUGGGGACACAUACUUUCUUCAUGAUUGCACUGCCCAUCCUAUUUUUCUUCGGCUAUCAUGAGCUUGGACGGGGUCUCAUACUCGUGCUCGCGUCCGGCGUUUAUCUUUCUUCGUUCUUCAAAGAUCUCGUAUGUGCUCCUCGCCCGUUUUCUCCUCCCGUGACCAGAUUAACCAUCGGCACGCACCAUCUCGAGUAUGGUUUUCCUUCGACGCACUCGACCAACAGUGUAUCCAUGGCACUCUUCAUAUUCGGACAUAUCCACCGCGCAUAUACUGAGCAUUCAGCAAUCUCUGACCUCGUUUACAGUGGUUCAUGUGUUGUUCUGGUCGCAUACGUCAUCAGUAUAGUCUUCGGAAGGCUAUACAUGGGUAUGCACUCCGCUACAGACUGCGUCGUGGGCGUGGCCCUUGGUGCGGGAAUAUGGGGUGCAUAUGUCAUGGUGUGCGAUACGAUAGAACGUCUGCUAUCCAGCAGCUCGUGGACCGGUAAAGGGGUGCCUUGCACAGUCGUCCCCGUAUGUUUGCUGUUGGUUCACUUCCACCCACAGCCGGUGGAUGACUGUCCAUGCUUCGAGGAUGCCAUCGCUUUCAUCUCUGUCAUACUCGGCGCGUUCGUCGCGCGGUGGCAUGCCGUCUACGCUGGCAUAGACGAUCGGCUAUUGCAGACCGUCAUGCCAGGCGGUUACGGAGACGAAUGGACGCUCAGAGAAACGCUGCACUGGUGCUUCAUUGCAUGUCUCAAAGUGAACGUUGGUAUCAUUGUCAUCUUCGUAUGGCGACUACUUGCCAAGUCCGUGUUGCAUCUCGUCCUGCCUCCACUUUUCCGUGCCCUCGCUCACCGCUUCGACCUUCCCAAUCGUCGAUUUUAUACGCCUGCUACCGACUACGCCCAUGUACCCGUCGAGAAUGGCCUCCGUCCCAUUCCCAGUGUGAUAGACUUGCCUAGUGCCUUGGAAGUGAGCGGUGUAUACGCCGAAGACGCAAGGGACGGCAUAAAGAGAAGGGGACGUGGUGCAACUACGAAACAAGACCUCCUUGGGAAGGAGCUCCCCGCCUACCAAGGGAAAGAGCUCGAAAACGGAAAGGGUACCACUCAUCUGGGUGCAGAAGUGAAACAUUAUGACGCAGAUGUACUCACGAAAGUCGUGGUGUAUGCCGGGAUUGCGAUUUUCGGCGUUGAGGUCAUGCCUGUACUGUUUUCCUUGAUGGGAUGGGGCAUCAAACCGUGGUGA